GUGCUCCGUCCUCCAUUUGGAGAGGAGGGUGGAGGAAGAGGAGAGGAGCCGGCCCUGAGUCACAUGGGAUUUGUGCUACUGCUGCAGCUGACCGGAUACCAGCCUCAGCUGUCUGGAAUGCACAAAUAGUGACUGUGAGAGGUGUUGUGGAUGCAGGGGACACACAGCUCUAUGGGAACACACCUUAGGUAUCCGCUCCCUUUGCCAUGCUGAUUACAUGUUGGUAUUUAUACCUCACAGCUCGGAGCAUCGCCAAACAAUCACUGAACAUGACCUCAAUGCUGCAUAAGCUGAUCACCCCGCUGUUCAGUGGUCCUCCUGAGCCCCCCAGGAAUAAAGUGACAGUGGUGGGCGUGGGCCAGGUUGGCAUGGCCUGUGCUGUCAGCAUCCUGCUCAGGGAGCUGGCUGAUGAACUGGCCCUGGUGGAUGUGAUGGAGGACAAGCUGAAAGGAGAGAUGAUGGACCUGCAGCAUGGCAGCCUCUUCCUCAAAACCCCCAAAAUAGUAGCAGACAAAGACUACUCUGUGACAGCAAAGUCCCGCAUUGUAGUGGUGACAGCUGGAGUCCGUCAGCAGGAGGGAGAGAGCAGGCUGAACCUUGUCCAGAGAAACGUCAACAUCUUCAAACACAUCGUCCCUCAGAUUGUCAAAUACAGCCCAGACUGCACCAUUAUUGUGGUUUCCAACCCAGUUGAUGUGCUGACUUAUGUAACCUGGAAACUGAGCGGCCUUCCCCAGCACCGUGUCAUUGGCAGCGGCACCAACUUGGACUCUGCACGCUUCCGCUUCCUGAUGGCUGAAAAACUGGGAAUCCACUCCAGCAGCUUCAAUGGCUGGAUCCUGGGAGAACAUGGAGACACCAGUGUGCCUGUGUGGAGUGGAACAAACGUGGCUGGAGUCAACCUGCAGACGUUAAACCCGGACAUCGGCACUGACUGUGACGAUGAGAAUUGGAUGGAAACACACAAGAUGGUGGUGGACAGUGCCUACGAGGUGAUCAAACUGAAGGGUUACACCAACUGGGCCAUCGGUCUGAGUGUAGCUGACCUGACAGAAAGCCUCAUCAGGAACAUGAACAGGAUUCAUCCUGUUUCCACCAUGGUGAAGGGCAUGUAUGGGAUCAGUGAGGAGGUGUAUCUGAGUCUGCCCUGCGUGCUGAACAGCCAAGGUGUGGCCAGUGUGAUCAACAUGACCCUGACAGAUGACGAGGUGGCCCAACUGCAAGCCAGUGCCAACACGCUGUGGGACAUCCAGAAGGACCUGCAGGACAUCUAACUGAACACAUGGGGGUGAUGUAGAUUUACCCUCCUGACGUAUUAUCACUCUGCAGUCACUAAACCCCACAAAGCUCCACCUUCCACACCUUCAACACACCGCCCUCUGUAGAUUCACAGCCGUAUGGGAGGUUAAUCCCGUCAAAUUUAGCUGUAGGUGUACGUUUGUGACUUCAACUGAGGGAAAUGCUGCUCUGACUCAUUUGUUGAUUCAUGGGUCAUUUGUGUUGCUGUAUAAUAAAGCUAUUGUUGCUUGAACAGAAA